ACCCAGAAAACAUUUUAAUCAAAAAAUGGGUUACUUAAUGAAAAACUUUAGUUACUCAGCAGGCUUGCCACCCCCUACCAAAACUACUAUCCAAAACACUGAUUAAUGUACUGUUCUUCAAUAAAACUUGAUCAGUGUGCGUCAACCGGAAAAUCAAUUUAACAGCUCAGAUUUUGUCGAGUCAUAUAUAGAUUUUAUACAUUCUGUAUCUGCAGAGACUUAUGCUGCUUAUUUCUUCUAUCUGAAUGGUAAUUAAUAGUAUUUCCUUCUAUUUUCUACUGAUCAUUAGCAAAAGUCUGAGUAAUUUUGAACUCAUGCAAAUCUAACAUGGCUUUUAUUAACAAUAAAACCCUAAACCAGGAGACAAUCGAUGAUGAACAAUCGGACAUUGAAGAUAAAAAUAUUGGUUUAGAUGCGAUUGAUGAAGAAGAAAUAGACGAUAAUUGGUCUCAAGACUUAUUAAACGAAUGUGAAGACGAGGAUCAAAAGAUUAUGCUGAAUGCUUUAUCAAAUGUCAUGUAUUAA